CUGUGGUCAAUUGGACAUUCUGUUCUGUGGUACACGUGCUUUUUUUCUUAUUCUGUUUAUUUUUAUUUUCAAAUAAUCCAAGAAGUCGAAAAAUGUCCCAGCAGGAGAACUUAUUACAGUGUUACAACCGUGGCUGCGGCCAAAAAUUCGACCCCAACAAUAACACUGAAGACUCUUGCAGGCACCACCCAGGAGUACCAGUUUUCCAUGAUGCCUACAAAGGCUGGGGCUGCUGUAGUAAGAAAUGCACCGAUUUUACAGAGUUCCUCAACAUCAAGGGCUGCACCGUAUCCAAACAUUCGAACGUCAAGCCCCCUGAACCCGAAAAACCCACAAGAAAUGAUAUACCUGAUGAACAACCAGUUGUAGUGAAACCAAUUACACAAAAAAUAAGGCUGGAUAGACCAGCUUUCAAUACAGCUAUGGUAGUUAUGAAACCAGAACUGGCUCCGUCUUUGGCCCAACAAAAAUCUAUAGAAACUAAACAGGAAGUGAAGGAAAAGAGUGAUCCUAGUGAAAUUGCAGUUGGAACUGUCUGUCAGAACAGGGGAUGUGGUAUCAAGUAUGAGGGACCAGAAAUAAAUGGUUCUAGAUGUGUUUACCAUCCUGGGGUUCCUAUAUUCCAUGAAGGCCUGAAAUAUUGGUCUUGCUGUCAAAGGAAAACAACAGAUUUCAACACUUUUUUGAGCCAAGUGGGUUGUGAACAAGGUUCCCAUGUCUGGGAAAAAGAAGAGCCUGAUGAGAAAACUAUUCAGUGCCGUUGGGAUUUCCACCAGACUGCCCAAUAUGUAAUUGUCUCAAUAUAUGCCAAACAAUAUUGUCCAAAAGAAAGUAUCAUCAAACUGAGUCCUGUGAGGUUAUUCACAAAACUGGUAUUUCCACAAGAAGCCAAUGCUUGUUUUGCACUAGACAUAGAGCUCAGAGGCAUUGCAGAUGUGGAUGCUAGCCAUGUUACAAUGUAUGGUACCAAAGUAGAGAUCAAGCUGAAAAAGGCUGAGCCAGGAAGCUGGAUAAAUUUGGGAGAUCCAGUUAAAAGUGAGGUUGUGGCAACAAAAGGAUCAGCAGUUCAGGAAAUUUGCCCACAAGUGGAAGCAGUGGAUUUGGAUGAUCUUUAAUGUAAAGUUUUGGUGAAUUGAGUAUUAGGUAUAAGGAGAUUGUAUAAUAUAUUUUGAGUAUGGAUUAUUCAAUUAUUUUGCAUGCUUGAAUGUUGUUUUAAGAUUAUUUCUGAACAAAGAGUUGUAUUGUAAGAAAAUAAAGAGAAAACAGGAAAGAUAAGAGACUUCUGAAACCAUUUAAAAAAAUCAUUUUGACACCAUCCCAAGAGAAGAAUAUCAAAUACCCAUUAUUCUGAGGAAAAACUAUUGAAUUCACCAAUUUAUAGAGACAACAUUUGCAAAUUUAGAAGUGUUAUCAGGGAGUACAUUUACUAGAAACAAACAGGGUGUGUAUAAUUUGCAGACUGGAAUAAAAUGUUGGGGACUGGCUAUUUCCAUCAAACUUUUUGAUGUUUUUAUUGCAUAUCUGAAUUCAGCUCACCCAUAUACAGGAUGAGAAGUUUCAGUUUUUUUUCUAUGACCCCCCUGGGGAGCACUUU